AGAUUGAGGUCCCAGGGCCAAAGGACCGCCCCUCUCCCCAGCGUGGUCCAGGAACGACAGGCUCCAGGCGGGAGCACGCGCCGCGCCCCCAGAGCCUGGCUCCCUCGCCACGCCCACUUCCUGCCCCCAUCCCGCGCCUUUCCAGGUCUUCUCCCGGUGAACCGGAUGCUCUGUCAGUCUCCUCCUCUGCGUCCUCGGCCGCGGCCCGUGUCCCUAGCGAAGCCGCUGCCACCCCGGAGGGCCCAGCCAGUGGGCUCCCGGAGGCUGGCCGGGCAGGCGUGGUGCGCGGUAGGAGCUGGGCGCGCACGGCUACCGCGCGUGGAGGAGACACUGCCCUGCCGCUAUGGGGGCCCGGGGCGCUCCUUCACGCCGUAGGCAAGCUGGGCGGCGGCUGCGGUACCUGCCCACCGGGAGCUUUCCCUUCCUUCUGCUGCUGCUGCUGCUUUGCAUCCAGCUUGGGGGAGGACAGAAGAAAAAGGAGAAUCUUUUAGCUGAAAAAGUAGAGCAGCUGAUGGAAUGGAGUUCCAGACGCUCAAUCUUCCGAAUGAAUGGUGAUAAAUUCCGAAAAUUUAUAAAGGCACCACCUCGAAACUAUUCCAUGAUUGUUAUGUUCACUGCUCUUCAGCCUCAGCGGCAGUGUUCUGUGUGCAGGCAAGCUAAUGAAGAAUAUCAAAUACUGGCAAACUCCUGGCGCUAUUCAUCUGCUUUUUGUAACAAGCUCUUCUUCAGUAUGGUGGACUAUGAUGAGGGGACAGACGUUUUUCAGCAGCUCAACAUGAACUCUGCUCCUACAUUCAUGCAUUUUCCUCCAAAAGGCAGACCUAAGAGAGCUGAUACUUUUGACCUCCAAAGAAUUGGAUUUGCAGCUGAACAACUAGCAAAGUGGAUUGCUGACAGAACAGAUGUUCAUAUUCGGGUUUUCAGACCACCCAACUACUCUGGUACCAUUGCUUUGGCCCUGUUAGUGUCACUUGUUGGAGGUUUGCUUUAUUUGAGAAGGAACAACUUGGAGUUCAUCUAUAACAAGACUGGUUGGGCCAUGGUGUCUCUGUGUAUAGUCUUUGCUAUGACUUCUGGCCAGAUGUGGAACCAUAUCCGUGGACCUCCAUAUGCUCAUAAGAACCCACACAAUGGGCAAGUGAGCUACAUUCAUGGGAGCAGCCAGGCUCAGUUUGUGGCAGAAUCACACAUUAUUCUGGUACUGAAUGCCGCUAUCACCAUGGGGAUGGUUCUUCUAAAUGAAGCAGCAACUUCAAAAGGAGAUGUUGGAAAAAGACGGAUAAUUUGCCUAGUGGGAUUGGGCCUGGUGGUCUUCUUCUUCAGUUUUCUACUUUCAAUAUUUCGUUCCAAGUACCACGGCUAUCCUUAUAGCUUUUUAAUUAAAUGAAGCCAAGUGGGAUUUGCAUAAAGUGAAUAUUUACCAUGAAGAUAAACUGUUCCUGACUUUAUACUAUUUUGAAUUCAUUCGAUUGUGAUCAGCUAGCUUAUUCUUGUGUACUUUUUUUAAACUGGGUUUUCCUAGUAAAUUUAAUUUAUAGAAAUCAAUGGUAGCAUUUAGUAAUCUACAAAGGAAAUAUCAAAGUGUUUUUCAAGCCUAUUCAGUGUGUGCCACAGAAUUGAAAUAAAUGACAAUGUAAUUAUGAAUUCAUGUUUUAGAACUGUUGACUCAUUAGUAAAGGACUGCAAUGUUAGUAAAGAAAACCUAUGAAAUGAAUGUUAAAGAUUCUUAGUAUUGUACAGGGAUAAAGCAAAUGCAUGAAAAUAUGUCAUGUAAUGAAAAUUAAACUUACUGCAGUUUCAGUUAUAAAGGACGUGCACUGUUAUAAAUAGUCUUUUGUUAUUAUUAACUAGAUAAAGGUAUAUAGGACAGGGAACUGGAUGAAUGGUACCUACAAUUUGGAUGCCUAACCAAGGCCUAGAGCUUCUUGAGAUCUGAAUCUAAAGUAAAUAUGCAUUAAAUCAGUGUGCUUCAAAGGCAUCAGACAGUAAAAGCAACAUACCACAACUAGGAGUUAUUUCUCAAACUUCAGAUGUCAUCUGGGAAUACAGACUUACAAGUAAGAGCAAACUUAACACGCUAUAUCCAUUUUCGAGGAAACAACCCACUAUGUCCAUUUUCCUCGUGUGUUUUAUGGAACCAGCUUUCCAUCAAAGCCUCAAUCCUUGAACCCAGACAAAAGGUUAAUUAUCAUAGGAUUAGUGAAUGAUUCAAUGAAGUUUUCUUGAAAACAAAUGCAGGAGUGUAACGUACUAUUAUGUUUGUAUCCUGUUUUAGUUUAUAAAACACUUACACAUAUAUUAUGGUAUUUCUUCCUCACAAUAACCUUGUAAAUUAGUCAGGAAAUGUAAAUUUUAUCUGACUUAUAGAAGUGAUGGAAGCUGAAAGCCAAAAAUAAAGUUUAUAGCCAGGCCUUUGAACUCUCAAACAUGGAUUUUUAUAUUCUGUGGAGUUACCCAAAUUACGGGUUUAGGAAAGCAGUUCUUCAGUCAGUUCAAGUAAGUGUUUGCUUUUUCUUUUUAAGGUUUGUUAUCUAAUUUUCAUUAACAUUUGAAUAAUAGACCAUGGAGGAUUGUUUUCAUUGCAAGUUCCAGCUAUAUAGCCUCAGACAAGAAACAGGUAUACAACCACUGAGUUUACUUAUUUAAAUCUAUGAAUUUCAAUGAAGAAUGGAAAAUACAGAGGCCUACUGGGGCAUGUUUAUCAAGUUAUAUCCCAGCGCAAUGUGUGUGUUAGCAGGAUGAAUGCUAUCUUUUCAAAACAUAAUAUUCAGUGAAAAUCACAUAAUUUUAAGUUUAUAGUCAUAAUCCCAAAUCUGUUACUAAAAAUAACAUUAAUAUUCCCAGUUCUUGUACUUAGAUGAAUAAAUUUAGUUUUGGAAUAACAUUUAUGCAAAAGCAAUAGAUGAACUUAGUCAUUUGUUCACUGCCUAUCCCUAGGCAAAACCUGACCUAUAAUUCUUAAUCCAUUGCAGAUUUUUUACAUUUUAUUCAAAACUUCAGAGAUUACAUAGAGAAUCUCAGGUCAAAUUUUACAAGUAUUAAACAUGUGUUAAUUAUAAUCACUUUUGUUUGUAUCCUUAAACCUCAGAAUUAUCUUGCAGUUAAUAUGCAGCUGAUUAAAUGAUAUUACAAAUUA